AAAAGAAACAUAAGGAAGAAAAGGGAGCUUCCUGCAACCAUCAGCCAUGACUGACCGUACCCAACCACACACUGUCCAAGUCCACACCACAGCUGGCCGUUUCGGCGACACCGCUGCCGGAACUAACCGCUAUGCCGACAGAGGCCCGUCAACAUCUAAGGUUAUCGCCGUCAUCACUGGACUCCCUAUCGGCGGCACGUUGCUAUUGUUCGCGGGGCUUGCCCUUGCCGGAACCCUGCUUGGGCUGGCGGUGACCACCCCGCUUUUCAUCCUCUUCAGCCCUGUCAUAGUUCCAGCCACCAUUGUCGUUGGGCUCUCGGUGGCGGGGUUCUUGACGUCAGGUGCAUGUGGGCUGACGGGGCUGUCUUCGUUCUCGUGGGUCAUGAAUUACAUCCGGCAGACCCACGGAUCGGUGCCGGAGCAGCUGGAAAUGGCAAAGCACCGCAUGGCUGACGUGGCCGGUUACGUUGGACAGAAGACGAAGGAUGUAGGACAGAAGACCAAGGAAGUUGGGCAAGAGAUACAGACCAAGGCUCAGGAUUCAAAGAGAACUUGAUAGAAUAGUGGUUUAAGCUUAAGGAUGAAAGGGGUCUAAUGGGUUUUGAUGGUGACACGCAAAUAAAUGAUGUACUCCUUGUAGUUGAAGUUGUGAGCAUUUUGUGUCUUUCUAUGAUCUUGUAGGUAGCGGUUUGGUUUGUUUAUGUUCUUGUUGAUUUGCUUUUUUAAUGAGAGAAGUGAUUUUUCUUUUUUUGGUCAGAGAAGUGGUUUGUUCGUCAUAAAGAGGUGCUGCUACCAGCUUUGUUUGUGUGUCAGUAUGCAUGUAGGUUUGGUUCACUUCAAUUGUUUAAUUUCAAUGCGAGUGUUUUCUGUCAAGUGCAAUAAUGAAGAAGUGUUCAUGUUUCAUACUUUCAA